AUGAGUCGGCAAACUUUUCUUUCCAGUCCAAAGUUCAAUAAGACUUAUAUAUACAAAUCUCCUAAUACCAAAUAUCAGUCUACUACUUCAUCUCAAAAAACAAAAAAUCCAGAAAUUACAGCUGGUAGUUCUUCCCAUACUGCAAUACUAACAACAAUUCCUAUAGAAGAAGAAAUUCAGAAUAAUGCAACAGCUCAAAAACAGAUAGCUAGUUCUAAAGAAAUUGCUGAAAAAAAAAUUAAAGUGUUGGAACAAAUAUAUAACAUUACUACUGAUCCACAGCCUUUGUAUGAUUUAUAUAAUAGAAUCAAAAGUCUAAGAACUGAUAUUCAAUCGUAUGAAAAAAAAAUGCAAAAAUUAAAAAGAAAUGCUGAAUAUCAGUCCAAAUGUUAUUCUAAAAAAACUAAAGCUAUAGUAAAGCGACAAGAGGUAGUUAAAUAUGAUAAAAGUAGUAGACCAUCAUUCUUACUUCAACACUCAGAUUUGUUAGAACAUAUACAUGAUUCAGUUGAGUAUGGAUCAGCAGAUGCAUGUAGAUGUAAAGAAGCCAUUAAAGUAAGGAUUUAUCAUCCUAAUGAUCACUAUUGUCUUGCUUCUGUAAAAGGAGCAAGGCAAUUUGCACAAACCUUUGCUGAAUUUUCUGUUAUCAUCUCACAAGAUGAUAAAGUGAAAAUAAGUUUAGGUAUAGCUGCAGUUGGCAGAACAUUUCAUACCUUGCAAUCAUCCUUUCAACCAGUCCAAAUACCUGACCAUGACUUUGUACAUAGAAGUAAUCAAAAACUUAUUCCCUCAGUUUACCUUAUAAUUAAACCAAGUAAAGCUAAUGAUAACCUUUGGACAGGGCAAGUUGCAAUUUUUGUUCAGCCUCAAUGGUCAAUCGGCACAUCAUCUAUUACCCACAUGGAAGAUCUUACUUGUCUUGUAUUAGAUAAUCAAUAUUCUAAAGCACUAAAAGUGAAUAGUAAUAUAAAACCAAUAUGGAUAUUAUUAGUUAAUGGUGGACCUGACGAAAAUUCCAGGCACCUUAAAAAUAUUGAAUCAUAUUGCAAGAUUUUUAAAAAAUUUGGUCUUGAUUACUUGUCUGUAUGUACACAUGCCCCAGGCCAAUCGAAAUAUAAUCCUGUUGAAAAGGGUAUGGCUACACUUUCUAGUAAGUUAGCUAGGGUUGUAUUGCCAAUAGAUUAUUUUGGAAAGCACCUUGAUAGUCAGAGUAGAGUUAUUAAUAAUGAAUUAGCAAAUAAAAAUUUUUAUUAUGCUGGUUCUAUGCUAAGUGAUAUAUGGAGUCAGGAUCCUAUCUUUGGAAAAUAUGUAAAAACAACAUAUGUCAACAAAAUAACUAAUCCAUUCGUGAAUAUUGUGUUUGCUUAUUUUGAAGAUGAAGAAGAGAAAAAUGGCUCUAAUGAAUUUGCUAAUAUUUCUGUUCCGUGGACCUGGAAAGAAAAGCAUUGUAAUAUAUGCCAGUAUUCAGUCGAUAUUAAACAUUGUACCGAUCUAAGUUGCUGUAAACCUAUCAGAGCACAAGAGGCUAUGGAUUUUCUUCAACCCUUCAAUGGUUUUCUUCCUCCUAUUACCAAAGCCCGAGAUGGACACUAUCUUAACCCUGUUCACCUUCUUCAAUAUUCUGAGUUGUUUAAAGUUCCUAAAUAUGAUGCCCAUUGUCCAUUUAUUGACCAAACAACAUAUUCUCGACUUUGCUGCUCAAUUUGUCAUAAGUAUUUUCCAACUCUAUCAUAUGUAGCAAAGUAUAAACGUUUACAACAUUCAUCUACCUGUGAAAGGCUCAAAAAAAAACCAGAAAAUUUGGAAUCAAUUGCAGAAUUCGUUCUAAUUACAAACUCUGCAACUAUGAAAGACUUGAACUUACCAUUUCUAUAA